AUUACUUUAUAUUCUUAUAUCAUUUCAAUUUAUAACAUUAGUUUUGUGUCAAAUAUCUGUAAGCAAUGAAGAUUUUGAUCCAUUAGUGACUGCCAGAUGUGAACGAGGAUUGAUGAACAUUGCGGUCGUCACUACACAACCUUUCAAUGGUGUCAUACAUACGCGUGACUUUCGGAAGGGUUCUUGUCUUAUGUCAGGUGACGGACGACUUAACACUUCUUUAACAAUCAGUUUGUUGGCUAAACCGGAUGAUCCAAACUUUUGUGGAGUCCAUAAAUUAAAGGGAUCAGAGGAGAGAACAGUUGCGCUUACAGUGAGAGUACACAAGACAUUAGAGUUAAGUGAAGAUAAGUAUUACAUCAUUACGUGUUCACAGUCUGGCUUCAGAAACGACCGCAAUGAAUUAUCACGCGUUUCACUGAAAUUUUUGGAUAACGGACUUAAAGUGGUUCGUGUGGUUCACGGAAAUCAAUAUACAUUAAGAGCUGAAAUUUCUAGUCACACAGAUGACUUCAACUUAGUUAUUAGAAAUUGUUUUAGUUUUAUUGCCAAUUCAUCAGAAGUUGAAUUAAUCGAUGCCAAUGGAUGUCCAAAAGUAAAUCUAAUAUCUGGGUUUACAUAUAAUGACAGUCAUUACGCUGAGGCCACUAUAUAUUCAAUGUUUAAAUUUCCUGACGUCAAUAAAGUUAACUUUCAAUGUGAUGUCAUACUUUGUAAAAGUAAUUGUCCGCAAUUACAGUGCAAUAGUGAUACCAUUAAAAAGGAUAACGAUUUUGAGUUGUCAACAAUCAAAGAUUCAAUACAAUUAUUAGCAUCGACUACAGUGUUUGUCAUUGAACCCGGAGAUCAAAUCUCGGAAUCAUAUCUUGAGGAGUGUACUGAAUGGCGUUUCCCGUGGUUGAUAACACUUUGCAUUGUAUUGGCUAUUAUGCUAUUAGUUAUGCUUUUAGUCAACAUAUUCCUGUGCUCUUCACUUAGCUGUUCCUGUAUUGGCAAUAAUGUUGAUGAGAAGGAGUCGUCAGAAAUUGAAGACUACGAUCCCUACAAAAUUGAUUGGACUCGUAGUUCACACUAUGGUUCGCAUUCAUCACUUAAUAAAAACAAUUAUACCGGAUAUGUAUCGGGCGGUGGAUCCACUAUUGCUUCGCAUCGAUCAGUUAGUGGCAAUGAUAGUGAUCCGUAUGGCCCGACAUCACAUUCCCGACCAAACAGUCGUUACUCCAAUAAACCCUCACAAACAGCAAAUUUGUCACAAACUUAUGUCAAAUAUUAAUUAGUCAUUUAACUGACUCUUAAAGGCAAUACGUCUUUCAGUGCAAUAA